AUGUCAAAGAGGUUUCAGCAGACUCUGGCUAUGGAGUCCUUCUCCGGUUCUCUGAGGCGCGGCUUGGCCAGAUGUUGCUCCGUCGCAAUGCUGCGUUCGCGUCUUCCCGUCCUCACAUGGCUGCCGGCGUACAGUCUGACCUGGCUGAAGAUGGACAUGCUGGCUGGACUCACCGUGGGGAUGACCACCAUCCCUCAGGCUCUGGCCUACGCCGAGGUGGCCGGCUUACCUGUGCAGUACGGUCUGUACUCGUCCUUCAUGGGGGGUUUUGUUUACUGUGUGUUUGGGACGUCAAAGGACAUCACCCUGGGUCCGACAGCCAUCAUGUCCCUGUUGUGUUUCUGGUAUAUCAGAGGGGAUCCGGUGUACGCAGUGGUGUUAACGCUGCUGUGUGGCGUUGUCCAGCUGGCCAUGGCUUUACUCCGACUCGGUUUUCUGCUGGAUUUUAUUUCCUAUCCUGUUAUAAAGGGUUUCACGUGUGCAGCAGCCGUGACCAUCGGCUUCGGACAGGUCAAAAACAUUCUGGGUGUGAAGGAUGUUCCUCAGCAGUUCUUUCUGCAGGUCUACUACACGUUCCAGAAGCUUCCUGAGGCCAGGGUUGGAGACGUGAUCCUGGGCCUGUUCUGUCUGUUCUUCCUGCUGAUGAUGACGAUGAUGAAGAGGUCUCUGGACACUGUUGAAGAUAACCCGUCUCCUGUAGUGAUGGGGUCUCGGAGGUUGGUGUGGACGCUCGCAACCAUCCGAAACGCUCUGGUGGUCAUAGCAGCCACGUGUGUCGCGUACUCGUUUGAGGUCACGGGUCACGACUUCUUCACUCUCACGGGGAAAACUGCUGCAGGACUGCCACCUUUCUCAGCCCCGCCCCUUUCUGAGACGACAGCCAAUGGCACGCACAUAUCAUUCGGCAAGAUCGCAACGGAUCUGGGCGGUGGUUUAGCCGUCAUACCGCUGAUGGGCGUGCUGGAGAGCAUCGCUAUUGCUAAAGCAUUCGGUACACAGCAAUAAUUAAGCAUCAACGCCAACCAGGAACUCUUUGCCAUUGGACUCACCAACAUCCUGGGUUCAUUUGUUUCUGCGUAUCCUGUCACGGGCAGCUUUGGGAGAACUGCUGUAAACUCUCAGACUGGAGCCUGUACACCUGCAGGAGGUAUAGUCACAGGUGUCCUAGUCAUCCUGUCUCUGGCCUUCCUCAUGCCUCUGUUCUCCUUCGUCCCUAAAGCGUCUCUGGCGGCCAUCAUCAUCUGCGCCGUCGGUCCGAUGAUUGAAUUCAGCGUUCCUCCUCGGAUCUGGAGAGUCAGGAAGUUGGACCUGCUUCCGUUCUCCAUCACCUUCCUGCUCAGCUUCUGGGAGGUCCAGUACGGCAUCGUGGGAGGUGUCCUGGUCUCAGGGUUCAUGCUGCUGUAUCAGAUGGCCAGACCUGACCUGAAGGUGACUGAUCACGGAGUGCUGCUGAUGGAGCUGGGAAGCGGACUCCAUUUUCCUGCUGUAGAGCACUUCAGUGGUGUCUUACACACACACGCACUGCACAUAUCUCCUCCUCGUUGUGUUGUGUUAGACUGUCAGCAUGUCAGCAGUAUGGACUACACGGUGGUGAAUGAAUUGCGAGAUCUCCUGAAGCAGUUCCAGCUGCACGGUGUCUCUCUUGUCUUCUCUGGACUGAAGGGCUCGGUGCUGGAGGUUUUAAUAGCAGCUGAUCUUCCAGGCUUCACGCACACUCACAGCGUGGAGGCGGGACUACAGAUCCUCAUCACCAACCCCAACUACGACUGACGCACCUCUCCUCCAAUCAGCACCCAGAUCAGUGACUUUACUUCCAGCCAAUCAGUGAAUACCUCAGGAAGGUUCAGAAAGUCAGCAGUUUCAACAUGAAACUGGUUUAAAUAAUAGACCAAAUAACUUUGCACAAGCGGAUGAAAACGGGAACCUUUAUUUGGAAAAUGCACUAAAUAUUUUAAUUAGUGGAGAUUUUAAAAGGAAACUAGCGGACUUGCUAGCUAGCAUAGUUCUCAAAGAAAGUAAAGGAAAGCACAACUCACAUGUGUCGUGAUUUUAGAGUGUAGUGUUUUCUUCAGGAAAAAACUCAUGUGUUUGUUUGUUUGUUUGUUUGUUUGUUUUACCUUUUAAAUCAGAGGUUUUAUAUUGAGCACUACAUUUAGUAUCCAAACAAUUUGUUUUGGAGCAGAAAAACUUCCUGGAUUUGGAAACUGACCAGUGGGAUAUUUUUAAACAGAAAACACAAUUUGAUGCUUUUAAAACACUGAUUAAAAAAAAAACAUUUUUAUGCACUAAUUA